AUGGCUGUCCAGCAUAAACAAGACCCAAUUGUCUUGGUCAUAGAUUUCCACCAUGCACGCGGCCCUGAGAUUGAGCAUUGCAUUGCCGACGAAGGAACCGACCCAGCAACCGAGAAUGACUGGUCUCUACUCCCAUUCAUGGCCCUAUCUGACGGAGCACAUCUGUCGACCGAAGAAUUCUCAUACUUCACACUGUGCCGAAAGGGCGCAUCCACUACACCCGAAACUUCACUAUUCGGCAUCGCCUGCUCCCGCCAGAUCGAUUCGAGUCUGCUUAUCAACCGCUCUCCCGAUGUGACUCGGUCAACGGUACAAAAGGCCGUUGUGGUCGUGACAGAUACUCCGCAGCGAGUAGGUCAAUUGCGUGAGAAGCUCUCCGUGGUGACUUCGGCUUGGUUCGCGCAACGUGACUUCUCGGAUGUUGAUAUCUUGAAGAAAUUCCGCGAGGGCUUGGUGAUUUCUCUGCUGAAUGAUGGCCCAAAAGAUCAGAACUUGGGCCUUUCGCUUCGGGAGAUGAUCCAUGAGUUCAAAUUUCAGACUUUGGUUCUUUUCAAGGCUUUACUGUUGCAGCCCAAGAUGCUUUUCUUCGGGACACGCUGUGAACGCUUGUGCAUGAUUCAGUUCUCGCUUAUAUCUUUAAUUCCCGGCUUAAUCCACAACUUGCAGGACUGCGCGGAUCCUGCUUUUGACACCUAUUCUCAAACUGUUGAGAAACCAACGUCUCUUAAGACGAGUGACAGAAGUUCUUUGUUGGCAUACAUGGGGCUUCCACUGCAAAUCUUCGGAAAGGGAAGCAUGUUUGGUCCCUAUACACCUCUCCAGCUGCUGGAUCUGCUGGCAGAUGAUGGCACAAAAUCAUAUGUGGUUGGCUCAACAAACUCCCUACUUCUCCAGCAAAAGGACCGCUACAGUGAUAUUCUAAUUAACCUUGACGAAGACAGUAUCGUUAUAAAUUCUCCUUCCCUCCGCAGUGCCCUGGUCCUUUCUGCGGCCGAUAGGCGCUGGAUUGACUUGCUCACACAAAUUGUCAAUGACACUUGGGACGAGGAACAUCCUUCACAACCCAAGACCCUUGGCUUUAUGGGCUCAGAAGAAUUCAUCCGACUACAGUUCGAAGAAUACUUGCUGGCGUUAUUAUCGUCCAUGAAGUACCACGAGGAGCUUUACCCAUGCGAUGUCGGAGAAUCGGGGCAUCGCAGCAGAACCCAGCUGCAAAACCUCAACAUUGAAGGAGACCCUGCCAUCGACUUCAAUACGGAAUUUCUGGCCCAGUGGAAAACCACAUCUAAUUAUGCCCUCUUUUCGCGUCUCACUUCGGAUGCGCUCUUAUUUUCCAUCACUGAGCCACGACACCCAAACGCCGGCGGCCUGACGAUGGAAGAUAUACAAAGAAGACUCUCACAACAGGUAGCAGACCUCCACCUCGAUGAGCGUGUCCGCGAAGGCCGCGAGGCCUUGAACCGCCACAUCUCAACCGGACAAAAGAAAGUGAGCGCGGCAUUCACCAGCUUCUGGUCCGACAUCGAGACAAUGCGCGAGGCGCAACGCAAACGCAACGAAGAGAAAACCGUCUCCCAAUCGCAACGCACCUCCAUUGACAAAGAAACCCCAAUCUCACCAACCCCCUCCUCCCAGGAUCCCGCCGAUGCCUCCUGGUUCGCAGGCCGCCAAAGGCCAUCCGUCGACAUGACACAGGCCCAGGCCUCUGUAAGUGUAGCCAGCCAAAAAGCCGGCUCCUAUCUCAGCUCGUGGGGCUCGUGGGCGAGCGAAAAGCGCCGCGAAUGGCAAGACAAGCGCGUCACAUCCCCGAGCCCGAAUGCCACUCCCAAUGCCGACCUCACUUCGCCAUCCGCCCCUGUCUUGUCCGUCGUUACCGAAACAGCCGAGUUGGACCGCGGCCGCCGCCGUUCCAUCCAGCGUAAUAGCGAAGGCAACGAUAGCGCCGAGGGCGGUCUUACUCGCAGCACCAGCCGAAGAAAGAGAUGGAGUAAUAUCCUGCUCAGACGCGACAGCGGCGAGUUCCAGCGUCACGAUGAUCUCUCCACAUCUGAGUCUGUCGAAAUUCCGUUCCCGAAGUCUCCUCUGUCGCAGGGAUUUCCGGCUUAUGCGGAUGAUGCGGAGCACAAGAACACUCAGGACCUUAUUCCGGAUGGAAAGACUACUGAGCGGGAUACCGUUGAUGUAGAUGGGUUCUCCUCUGUGGCUCUUACGCCGAAUGAAGGCUUGGGGUUGAGUUUGAAGACCGAGGAGACUGUUUCCCAGAUCCAGAAGGAAACCACACCCUCAAGCGGUGUGGAGGUAGAUACAAAGCCUGAGGACUCGGUGACAGCACUCCCUGUCAAAGAGGAGGCGCAUCUAGCCCAUAGCAAAGACUCAUCUGGUACGAAGUAG